GCUGACUUUUGCAAGAGACGUUUAAUAUAGUCCCUCCCUUUUGGUGCUAUGUGUCAGCUUGUCCUUUUGCGCCUGGAAGGAUUUGGCUCCACUGAUUCUGUUGCACUGAAAAGGUGUUGCUCACCUGCCCUGCUCCUCUGACUCAAGUCAAAACAAGUAACACAGUUUCUUUGGCACAACCAGAAUGAGGCAGUGCUGGGAAGAGAGAAGCAAGGGAUUGGAAAUGUGAACAAAAACUGCAGGCAAUUUCAGCAACUUGGAUUUUAGAAACAAACCUCAUUGAUCUUCCUCUCAGUAGCAAGUAUUUGGAAGCAAAGCCCCAUAAGCAGAAGACACUUUCCAGGUGUGUUCAUACUGUCUCUCUCCAGCAUCCUGUGUUUGGCCAUGAAGAGUAAGAGUAAGGAUGAGACCAGUGAUACAGACAGUGGCAUCAUAAUGCAGUCUGGACCUGAUAGCCCCAUGGCUGCAAUGAAGGACUUGACACAAGCCAUGAGGAAGCAGCAGAAGGCACUGGAGGAACGUCUGGAAGCCUGUUUACAAGAACUGCGAAUACUGUGUUUGCGUGAAGCGGAACUGACAGGAAGGCUUUCUUCAGAGUAUCCUCUGAAACCAGGAGAGAAGCCCCCGAAGGUCCGCCGUCGAAUUGGUGCUGCUUUCAAACUUGACGAAAAGGCUAUUCUUUCAGGAGCAGAUCCGCUGAGCACACUAGAGAGAGACCUGGCUCUGCAGCUUCAGAUUGCUGAAGCUGCUCGAUGUCUUUCCCGGGAGGAGAAUCUCACCAAGCAGGUUCGAAAGCGCCGGAAAAGUGCUGUUCUGAAAGAGGAAAAAAAACUGAAGGAGCUGGAGCAAGCCCUCAGUGAAUAUCGCCAGGCAGCCAAGCAGCCAUCCCAGCUAAAGGCCAUGGCUCCUGCCUUAGAAGGGUUCAGUGCCUCUGAUGAACAUUCCUUGUUGGAUGCUGCUCUGGGAGAAGAAGAAGUCCCUGUGGUGAAUCCUCACCUUCCAACAAAAAUUACAUCUUGGACACAAAUCCAGUCUCACCACAGUUCUUCAUCUCAGCUUUCCCCCCUUGGCUUUCUAGAAGAUUCAACUCAUCAGCUGGCUGCUGAAGUGGAGUGCUCACCCAUCCAGAAUAGUCCCUGGAAAGAGACCAGUUUAGAUAAGCCCUAUGAGAAGCCCAAGAAGUUGUUUGAGUCCAACAGCACGCUGAGCACAGCAAGCAUAAUGCCCUCACCAGCACCCAGCCCUUCCAUUAAGAGGACAGUUGAAGCACAUUUGUGCCACUUGGAUUCUCCUAGGAAGCUGGAAGUAUGGAGACAGGCUGGUUCCAGUGCCCCUCCAACACCAGAAUUCCCAGGAAGGAGAGGACAGUCUCAGCUGAUAAGGGUAUGUUCAACCCGGGAGGGUUUGGAGUCUCGUGGAAGGAGUGCUCUACCCAGACGACGACCCACCUACUAUACUGUUACUGUCCCUGAGUACUGCUUCUCUGCCUCCAAGCCCAACCCUGCUCUGAGAGCCAACUUCCACUCUGCAUCGGAAGACAGCAGUUCAGAUGUCUCCAGCAUCUCCUACACGACAUCUGCCGGCAGCAGCAGCCCUGACAUUUCCUUUCUGAAGUUGGCCUCUGUUGUGCCCAAGGAGGAGCCCAGGCGGCCGUUCCACCGCCAGGCCGGCAAGGGACAAGAAGCAGAAUACCACUGCCUGUGUCCUCAGAAGCUGCUUUCGGCGCCAGGUUUUUUUCCUGCCACAGAAUAUGUGCCCAAUAGCCACCCAACUGCUGGGAGAGAGCUCUGUCAUGGUCGGCCAUCUUUUAUCUCUGGCAGCUCAGCCCACUUUGCCUACAAGGAAGAAGCGGGGCCUGUUAGAUUCCAUAGGUCAGUUGUAUCCCACAGCAGGGUAGUUCGUACGCUAUCCCUGAAGGACUGUGUCCCUGUGGGUCCUCGAGUUCUCUCCAAGGCGGCAGUGACAGAAGAGUUAAAAUCCUGGCACGAACGGACCCGGCUGCGCAAUGCCCGUCCCCAUUCACUGGAUAGGCAAGGAGCUUUCCGUGUGCGCAGUAUGCCAGGCAGAGAACUGCAUUCUCCAUGUUCCUUGGGGCAGCAAAUUCAGGUACCUCGUGUCCAUAUCCUCAAACGCUCUCCUGAAGGAGCCCCUGUGCAGGUCUACAUCCCGGAAAAUGGAGAAAUCAUUACUCAGGUUUAGAGGUUGCUAAAUCCACCAUCCCACAGACUCUGGCAGCAUCAGCAGGCUGACUGCCUCCUAGGCCCUUGAAUUGGGGAGGGGAAAAGGAGGCCCUAAAUCAUAUCUUGACAUGUUCUUGCAUCUGCUGCUCCUGCUGUUUGGAAGAGAACCUUUGGAGCUAAUUCUGCAAGCUGUGUGAGACCAUGCUCCGCUACAUGAUACCAUGUUCCUUUGAUGAAUUGAUAUAAUGUACUAGUGACAAUUUGUGUCCUUUGUGUUGUGUGAAAUAUAGAUCACAUAACUAGGGUUUUUCUGCCUAUUUAUUCUCUUAGGUCUGUGCUGGAAACAACUUAGAGUGUCUACAGAUUAUGGAAAGAAAAUUAGUAUAGGAUUUUCUUAACAAAUUUUUAGUGAAGAGCUAUUGCUGACCACAACUUUCUUUCUUGUGGAAACAGAAUGUAUGUGUACCUGCACAAGUUCCUUCCCAAUUGCUAGAUUAGCCUUCUUUGUUCCUAAAGAAAGCUAUCUGAUGCAGCCAAUGGUCUGCCUGUGUGUACUUCAUGCCCCUCCUCUAUUUUUCCACCUUUCUAUAGACUGCUGUAAUUCAUAAAUCUUGCUAUCUCUGUGGAUCUGUGUGUGAAUCCUUAUUUUCAGUUUUAAUGGAAUUUUGUAUUAAAAAAAGUCCAUUUUGAUGGAUGAAAUAUAA